UCCGGCGCCCCCCGCCCCCGCGCCCUCAUCCAUCUGGCUGUCACCGGCACCUCCGCAGCCCCCGGCCGGCCCCCAGCCAGCACCGGCAUCGCCGCCCAGCCCGCGGCGGCGUCCUCAGCCCCUCAGACCUGCACGCGUCGCCUUCCCGGUGCCGUCGCCUCCUUCCAACCGGAACCGUCCCCCCCCACCUGUGCGCCAUCCCCGCGGGUGUCCAGCCGACACCGGCGCCCGGCUGCCACCCCCGCCCCGAUGCUCGUCCGUCCAUCGUCCCCCGUACCUGCACCCGCGCCCCGUCCCCCCUCUGCCCUCACGGGUACCCCGCGCAUCAGCGCUUUGAGCCCUGUCCCCGGCACCCCGUGCACCCCCCGCCCCGCACCGACGCCCGCCCGUCCGUCACGGCCCUGCACCGGCAGCGACACCUCGAGCCCCCCAGCCCCGGCCCCGGGAUGGAAGCGCUGUCUCCCGCACCCGCCGCCGCCCCCGUCCAGCCUUCCCCCGGCCCGACGCGGGCAGCCCCGGCCGUGCGGGGACGGGGCGGGGGCGGACCGGCCCCCGGGCACCAUCCGGUCCCGCCGGCAGCCCCGCGCCGCCCUCCGCCGAGGUGCUCGAGUGCCCCGUGCCCUCCCGGAGCCCCCGUCCUUCCUCCCGGUUUCUCGGCGCGUUCGUGCACGGAGCCCCGGGGCGAGGGCGCAGCCCCCGGGGUCCGCCUCCGCCGGCUUCGCUACCGGCUGCGGCGGGGCCGGCCCCGAGACCGGGCACCGGAGGGACGCGUGCCCCGCAAGGGACGGGGGCGCCGGGAGCCCCCUCCCGGGCACGGCUCUGACCCCCUUCCCCCCCAGGCUGUUCGCAGGCUCCCGGGACGCCCCGGCACCGCUGCGCCCCGGGGAGGGCGGGCAGGACGCGGCCCCGGAGCCGGGGGGGGCCCCGCAGUGCCCCUGCAGCCCGGCUCCCCCCGGCCCCGGCCCCAGCCCCGGCCCGGAGAGGCUCCAAGCCCGGCGGCAGCUGAGCAUCGCCUGCACCGUGUGCUGCGUCUUCAUGGUUGGAGAGGUGAUAGGUGGGUACCUGGCGCACAGCCUGGCCAUCAUGACGGACGCAGCCCACCUGCUGACGGACGUGGGCAGCAUGUCCGUGAGCCUCUUCUCGCUUUGGGUCUCCGCCCGCCCGCCCACCAAGACCAUGAGUUUUGGCUGGCACCGCUCAGAGACGCUGGGUGCGCUGGCCUCCGUCCUCUCCAUCUGGGUUGUCACCGGGGCCCUCGUCUACCUGGCGGCUGCACGCAUCAUCAGCAACGACUACGAGAUCGAGGCACGAGCCAUGCUGGCCACGUCUGCCAGCGCCGUGGGUGUCAACCUGGUCAUGGCAUACAUCCUGCACCAGGCCCCCGCCAUCCACGGCCACGGUGUGGGGGGCUAUGAGCAGCUGGAGAGCGCGGGGGGCUGCCUGCCCGGCCAUGCCCCCCUGCCUGGCAGCACCAGCGUCCGUGCAGCCUUCGUCCACGUGGUGGGCGACCUGCUGCAGAGCAUUGGUGUCCUGGUGGCCGCCACCAUCAUCUACUUCAAGCCCCAGUGCAAGAUCGCAGACCCCAUCAGUACCCUCUUCUUCUCGGUCUUCGUCCUUGGCUCCACCCUCACUAUCCUCAGAGACGUCUUCAGAGUGCUCAUGGAAGGGGCACCGCGGGGCAUCGAGUUCGACGCAGUGAAGGAGGUGCUGCUGGCAGUGAGCGGGGUGAGGGGCACCCACGACCUGCACAUCUGGGCGCUGACACUGAGCCACCCCGUGGUGUCCGUGCACGUGGCCGUGGACACCAGCGCCAACCCUGAGACGGUGCUGCGGGAAGCCACCAGCCAGCUGCAGAGCAAAUUCGGCUUCGUGUCGUGUACGGUGCAGGUGGAGCGGUACCAGGAGGAGGCGUUGGGCUGCCCGCACUGCCAGGACCCCCGGGCCUGAGCCCUUUGCCCACUGUGGGAUGGGGGCACCGUAGGGCGGGUGCAGUGCCUGGAGUCCUGCCCUGGUGCUGCACCGUGUCCACUUCCAUAGACCCCAUGGGCCCCAGCCCUGCUCAGCGUGGGGCACAGCACCCGGCCCUUGCAGCACAGCGCUGCGGUGCCCCGGGGAGCCUCCGGUGCUGCUCUGCAAUGCCAGGGGCCAAACCCGGCACAGCCCUGGGCACGGGGACCAUGCGCCAGGCAGGAGCACUGCCCCAGGCCCAGUGCCCAGGGGCCUGUGCUUGCUGCUGUGUUGGGGGCUCUGUCUGUCCCCUCCCUCCCCGCUGCAUCCACGCUGGAGCAAGGGGACGGAGCUCGCCCCGAGCUCUGGGUGCCCUGGUUUUGCUCCCAGCUGUGAGGCCCAGGCGGGGGCUGGGUGCUGCCGUGCCUUGGCCUGACCCAUUCCCAGCUUCGUGAGUCUGUCUGGUGCACCUGUGGCGUGUCUGUGUCUCAUUGUGCAAGGACUCCAGCGGGUGGCUGUGCAGCUCGUGGCCACCAAUAAAUGUGUCAGAGAGCA